CUCUCGGGUUGGUUUGCAAACAAAACUUUUCACCGUAUUUUACGACAAGUAUCGUGGAAAAAUAUUAUCCGUGGGAGACACAAAAAUGUUCCCACGCUCUUGGGUUACAAGUGUGUGCAUUAUGUGCGUGUAAAUUCCAACGAGAAGAUGAGCGCACAGGGACAAGAACACGGUCAUGCUGUGGUUGUAUGGGAGUGGGAGAAUCGUCAGGGUAGAUGGAGACCCUACAGCCCUGCAGUAUCGCAACAUCUAGAAAGAGCACACUUUAAAAAACUUACGAGAGUUUUCCUCAAUGAUGCUGACCCCACUCUUGACAGGUAUUAUAUCAAUUUAAAAACAAAAACUCAAUGUAGCGAUGAUGGAGAAGAGAUCCAUGGAGUACGAAGGAAAUUCUAUUUACCAAGUUCACCUGCUGGUAAAGGAGCCAAGUGGGAAUGGGCAGGUGACACCGAUGAUUGGCACACUUAUGAUAUGGAAGUUCAAUGUCUGAUUGAAGAAGCUUGGGCAAUGGGAAGUAAGACAAUAGAUGUAUCGAAAACAUAUUUGGGAUUUCCGUAUAUCAUAAACUUUUGUAAUCUUACACAAGUUCGAUGUUGUACUGGUUACGUACGACCAAUUCGACGCAUUCAACAAGCGCCUUAUCCUCUAGUCAAAGUUGCUUUAGAAGAAAUUCAAUUUCCUACUGUUCGACGACCACUUCCUCCGCUUCAACCCAAAAAUCCUGGUAAUAAAACAGGCCAUAAAAAGCAGCCUUGUAGCAGUAGUAAAAAAAGCACCAAAAAAAGUAAAAAUAGUGACAAUGGACCAUCAAAUAUUGCUCGGGUAAUUCUGAGUAAUUUCAACAUUUUUGCAAGUAAACACCACAUUGAAAAUAACAAUUCAGUGACUACCUCGACCCCAGAAUCGUCAAACAAACGUAAAACAUGGGACACAGUUCUUGAUGCUGAUUCGAGUAGUACAAAAAGUGGCAGAAGACCUAGUGUGGAUACUGUAUCAACUUAUUUAAGUCAUGAGAAUCCAGUAGAUUUGCUCGACAGCAGUGUCGGAAGUGACGAUGUCUUUAAAGAUUCAGUAGUGAACGUGGAACGAACAACUGAUGUUAUUUCUCAAUACGUUAAAGUUGUUGAGAGUGAUGGAACUGAUUCUUGUCCGGUUUGUUUAGGAACACCCGAACCAUUAACGGUCGAAUUAACUCGAUGUAGACAUCGACUUCAUUUGGCAUGUUUAAAUGCAAUGUUAAGCUCUCAACAACAUCCAAUGUAUAUUCAGUGUCCAGUUUGUCGAAUGAUUUAUGGAGAAAAACGUGGCAAUCAACCAUCCGGAACUAUGAAUUGGACACGAAUUCCACGAGCUUUACCCGGAUUUCCUAAUACUAAUACCAUACAGAUAACUUAUGACAUUCCAUCUGGUAUUCAAGGGCCAGAACAUCCAAACCCUGGACAAGCAUACUAUGCAGUAGGUUUUCCUCGAGUUUGUUAUCUUCCAGAUAAUGAUUUGGGUCGAAGAGUAUUGCGACUGUUACAAAUAGCAUUUGAACGUCGUUUGAUAUUUACAGUUGGUCGUUCUGUAACAACAGGACGUGAAGAUGUCGUCACAUGGAAUGAGAUUCACCAUAAAACUGAAUUAGGUCCAUCAACUUCCGGUCAUGGGUAUCCGGAUGUAAGUUAUUUGGAACGGACAUUAGCAGAAUUAGCAGCUCAAGGUGUCACUGAUGGGCACCCAGGUCAUUUUCAAGAUAUAUAAAAAUAUAAUUUAUAUAUUGCUAUAUAAAAUUAAUAACAAUCAUUAUAAUUAAUAUCAUUUAUUAAUUAGAAAUUAUUAUUUUUAUUAUUAAAGUUAAUUGCUGAAUAUUUUUUAUAUAAAAAUUCAUACUUGGCAAUACUAUAUUAUUAAGCAUAACAACGAACUGAUAGAAUUCUUAUAUUAGCUCGUAAAUUAUUGCCAUACUCUUUAUUAAGUUUUUUAAGUGGUUUAUGAUAUAUAAGAGAAUGAAAAGGAUGAAAAAUAUUG